AUGCCGACGAGCAACAUGGCUUGCUCUCGUUGCGGAGAUGGAUUUGAACCCCAUGAAAAAAUUGUCAAUUCAAAAGGUGAACUUUGGCAUCUUCAAUGUUUCGUGUGCGCACAAUGUUUCAGACCGUUUCCAGAUGGUACGUUUUACGAAUUCGAAGGAAGAAAAUAUUGCGAACACGAUUUUCAGGUAUUGUUUGCUCCCUGCUGUGGCAAAUGUGGCGAAUUCGUCGUCGGAAGAGUCAUCAAAGCCAUGAAUUCGAAUUGGCAUCCGAAAUGUUUUCGUUGCGGCACUUGCGAUAAAGAAUUGGCAGAUCUUGGUUUUUUCAAAAAUGCCAAUCGUGCUCUUUGUCACGAAUGUAAUUCGAAAGCCAAAGCCAUGGGCUCUGGAAAAUACAUUUGUCACAAAUGCCACGGGAUAAUUGAUGACAAACCUUUGAAAUUCAGAGGAGAAGUUUAUCAUCCGUAUCAUUUCAAUUGUGCUGCUUGUGGCAUGGAAUUAAAUUCAGAUGCGAGAGAAGUUAAACAUCGACCCGGUUAUACCAAUAACGAUAUGAACGAACUUUACUGUCUUCGCUGUCACGAUAAAAUGGGCAUACCCAUUUGCGGAGCUUGUAGAAGGCCCAUUGAAGAACGUGUCGUCACGGCAUUGGGAAAACAUUGGCACGUCGAACAUUUCGUAUGUGCUAAAUGCGAAAAACCAUUUUGGGGUCAUCGACACUACGAAAAGAAAAAUCUUGCUUAUUGCGAAACUCACUAUCAUCAACUUUUUGGAAAUCUUUGUUUUAUAUGUAAUCAAGUUAUAUCGGGCGAUGCUUUGAAUAAAGCCUGGUGCGUUCAUCAUUUUGCAUGUUCAGUAUGCGAUCAGAAAAUGACGCAGAAAACGAAAUUUUACGAAUUCGAUUUAAAACCCGUUUGUAAAAAAUGUUAUGAAAAAUUUCCAACGGAAUUAAGAAAACGAUUACGUAAAGCACAUCAACAACAAAGCAAAGAAAAUAAUUAA